AUGGAAGAAGAGGAAGAAGAGAAACACGAAGAAGAGGAAGUUUGGGCAACCCUUGUUGCCGAUGACACUUACGAAAUUUCCCAACCCUACCCAUACCAAAUCCGCAACAAGGAGACAGGCAAGGUUCUUACCCCAGUCCUCAACAACUUGGGACACUUGAACCUUAACCUUCGGAAUCGCGGUUCAAUCUCCAUGGGCAAGCUUGUCGCAAUUCAAUGGGUUCCAAAUCCAGGCAAGAAGACGAAGGUCAGACACAUUGACGGUGACAAGCUCAACAACCGUAAGGAGAACCUCGAGUGGUUCUAA